AUGGCUCCGUGCGGCUCCAGUCCCGCGUUGCCUUGGGAAGGGAAAAGCAAAAAGAACCGCGGCGGCGCUUUGCAACGGCAGCAGCGGCACCGGACGCUCGGGCAGCGGCUCCCGUCCCGCCCCCUGCCCCCCACGCCCCUGGGCCCCCACGCCCUUCUCCAAGAACAGGUGAGGAGUUUCCCCAGCUGUGGGCCUGGGCAGAGGAGGAAGCUGUGUCCCCCCCCCCGCCCCCCCUUCCGUGCUGCACAGAUAAGGAGGGCCCCUUACAGCUUGCUUUCAGGGCAGGGCAGGCGUGGGUUGGGGCCGCAGCCCAGGAGGGAGAGGCGUCAUCGCCCGAAGGCCCCCGGGGCAGCCUUGAACACCACGGAGCAGCACAGCGCCAGGAAGAGGAAGCGGCUAACAAGGGCCCUCACUCAGGAGCUGGUGCAGAGCCCGGUCAGUCCUAACCAGAGCUACGGCGGCACCUGCAGCACGUACAAUUUAAGCUGCACCGAUGCCCGCUGCCAGGACAGCGCUCCGAUCCGGAUGUUCGCCUCCUUCCACCCCUUGGCCAACACCACAGGGGCCUUGAGAAGGAGCGGUGGUCUUCCCCCAGGGGUGCAAGCAGCCCUUCCUUGGCACCAGCUGCCCCCAGCGCCGCAGAGCAGCAGAGUCCGGAGCGCCCUGCCCCCGCCUUCUUACCCUGCCCAACGCCUCCCCUCAAGCGCCAAGCCCCGCCCCCUGUCCCCUGCCGUGCCCCCUGCCCUCUGCACCCCGGCCAGCAGCAGCUACUUUGGGGCGAUGGGCCGACCUGCACGGAGGGAGGCUGUCCGCAUCCUGGCCCGGUGCAUCACCAUGGACGGCAGCGUCCAGUACCUGGUGGAGUGGGACGGGUGA